UGCCUGCACAUUCCUCUCCUCUGCAAUUUCCUAAUGCAUUUUCAGAGAAUUUCAAUGGCAACAGGAUAAAGUGGGAGAGAAGUAGCACAAGCAUACUGGGGCGAGAAAAGAAUGAAAAAGUUGGUGACUUGUUAUUGGUGAUGAAGUAGUUCAACAAGCAAUGGAAAGCUAAGUGUGAACAGGAUUCAAGCAGAAGUCAUAUCCUCUCUAUAUUGACACCACUUGGACCUGUCUCAUCUCAUUUGCUUCUCCAUGUCAUUUGGAAGAGAACCCGGGAGCGCAUUAGUUUAUGGUGGGAUUCACCUGCUCUGGGUCAAUCCAGCUGAGAGACGCAAUGGGAAGUUCAGACGAUAAUCUCGACAUCAAACACAGAUUGUCAUUAUCAAAUGAAGAAAUACACAAGAGGAAACUGCAGCGGAGUAAACCCAAAGGAAUCAACAAAUCUUUCCAGUUGCCCCUCCAAUAUAAGAGCGCAAACUGCAAGUUCUCUUCAUUGAAAUUCCUCCUUGCUAUUACUAUAUUCGGCACGUUGGCAACAAUCCUCUACCGUCCCGAAGCUUAUAAUGGUGAAAGUCUGUCAUCUUCCACAAUUCGGCCAAGUUUUGUCAACAGAUGGAUAUGGGGCGGAUCAGACCCGCGAUACAUGUCGCAUUUGGACAUAGAUUGGGAGGAUAUAAGAGACGUAACAGACAGCCUAAAUGGGAAAAACGACUAUCGCGGAAUCGGCCUUUUAAACUUCAACGACAGCGAGAACGCAUAUUGGAAGCAGCUUUUUCCCAGAGCUAAUCCCAUUGUUCUGCCCCUGGAAUAUGCUGCCAAAAGCAUCACCUGGGAUUCGUUAUACCCAGAGUGGAUCGACGAGGAAGAAGAAACUGAAGUACCCAUCUGCCCGAACCUACCGCGCAUCAAACCACCAGCUGUGCGGCUUGAUCUGAUCGCCGUGAAACUACCAUGUAGGGACGAGGGCAAUUGGUCGAGAGAUGUGGCGAGGCUCCACUUGCAGCUCACGGCGGCACGGCUCGUGUCGUCGGCCAAAGGGAGCUAUCCAGUGCAUGUCCUCUUCGUCACUAACUGCUUUCCAACACCCAACUUGUUCACCUGCAAAGAGCUUGUCGUGAAGAUAGGCAAUGUUUGGCUUUACAGGCCAAAUCUGAGUGUCCUGAGAGAGAAGUUGCAGCUCCCUGUUGGGUCUUGUGAACUUGCUCUUCCCCUCAAUGUCAGAGAGCGGGUUUACACGGGAGAUGCACGCCGAGAAGCUUAUGCGACCAUCCUUCACUCUGCUCAUGUAUACGUCUGUGGGGCGAUAGCGGCGGCUCAAAGCAUACGAAUGGCUGGUUCGACCCGUGACCUCGUGAUACUCGUGGACGAUACCAUCAGCAACUACCACAGGAGCGGUCUGGAGGCGGCUGGUUGGAAGAUCCGCACAAUACAGCGGAUCAGGAACCCAAAGGCCGAGAAAGACGCCUACAACGAGUGGAACUACAGCAAGUUCCGGUUGUGGCAGCUGACCGACUAUGACAAGAUCAUAUUCAUCGACGCUGACUUGCUCAUCCUCCGAAACAUCGAUUUCCUCUUCGCAAUGCCCGAGAUAUCGGCAACCGGGAACAAUGGCACCCUAUUCAACUCUGGUGUUAUGGUGAUUGAGCCUUCGAAUUGCACGUUCAAUCUUCUGAUGAAGCACAUCAAUGAGAUAGAGUCCUACAAUGGCGGCGACCAAGGCUACUUGAACGAGAUCUUCACGUGGUGGCACCGGAUCCCAAGGCACAUGAACUUCUUGAAGCACUUCUGGGUCGGCGACGAGGAAGAGAAGAAGCGGACGAAGACUCGGCUCUUCGGGGCCGAACCCUCGAUCCUUUACGUGCUUCACUAUCUAGGAGUGAAGCCGUGGCUUUGCUUCCGGGACUACGACUGCAACUGGAACGUCGACUUCUUCCAGGAGUUCGCCAGUAACGUCGCGCACGAGCGAUGGUGGAAGGUGCACGACGCGAUGCCGGAGGUCCUGAAGCAGUUCUGCAUGUUGAACUCGAAGCAGAAGGCGCAGCUGGAGUGGGAUCGGAGACAGGCAGAGGAGGCCAACUACUCGGACGGGCAUUGGAAGAUCAAAGUGGAGGACGCACGGUUGAGCAAGUGCAUCGACAAUCUGUGCGACUGGAAGAGCAUGUUGCAACACUGGGGCGAGACGAACUGGACCGACGACGAGUUCCUACCGCCCUCGCCUCCGGCGAUAUCUUCCAGCAUCUCUCUCCCAGUUGUGAGUAACCGAGGGAUGCUUUGCCUUUUUCGGGUCCAUGCCAAACUAAAGUUUCUUCACACGGAGUGUAGAUGAGAGACCAAUCUUCCUCCGGCGACCGGUUCGGUUCCAGUUUUCCUUUGCCGCCUCUUCCUAUUGCAUAAGGUGUCUGAUAGAGACCCUCCUCGAUUCUCCGAGAUCGGAUUUGAUUGCGAAUAACAACUGGAAGAAACAAAUGUAACUUGGUUAGAAGAAUCAAGGAUGCCCGUUCAUCUUGUCUCACAAUGCUAGAAGAAUCAAGCACCACUUCAUCA